AUGGCAGAUACUGAAGUUCAAGUUGAGGUCCAGCUCACCGCAGACUCACCGCCAGGACACCCGGUGCUGCAGGAGGACGCGGGCGCUGAGAGAGAGUCACUUAACCCGGGAAGCCCUCCAAACAUCGGGCACGAAGAGGUGGAGGAGCCACUAGCAUUGUUGGCUGGCGUUGCUCUGGCGCCAUGGUGUGGUGAUGAGGUGGCCUGCAGCUGUGACUGUGAGGACCGCAGCUGCCUGGAGGUCAGACUGAUGGAGAGGAGCCUGCAGCCCAUGCAGCAGCAGUUCCAGUUGCUCAUGAGUGAAGUUGAUGACUUGAACAACUGUCUUGUCAAUGGGCUGGGUCAUCGAGACAGAGGGGCUCUCGCUGCUGCCGUCCCAAGUUUCCUGCACACCUGUCAGUGUUACUUUAACCAGCUGGAAUCAGCUCGGAGAACCAUUCCCCCACUGCCCUUUGACAUCUACCCAAAGCAUGUGCAGCUGUUCGACCUCUCUCAGCAGCUGUGUGACAGUCUGGAGCAGCUGGUGUUGACCUAUGCCAGCUACAAUCUCCUCUGUUUGGAUGAGACCGAACCUAACAGCAUUUCUCACUUCUGCAUUGGUCGGAGUCAGCUCGGCCGACUGAGGCUGACCACGUUCCGCUACUGUAAGCCGACGCCGUACCUGGCCCAGGUCAACACUGGACUGUACAAACGCAUGCGCUGGAACGUGGAGAAACUCCAAGACAAGCAGCAGACAGAUGAAGAGCAGUGUGGAGAGAACGAGGAGAGAGAGGGAGAAGCAGUCGGAGACACAGAGUAUUACUUCCUGUGCUACGAAGAAAUUCCCAACAUAUGCGCAGAUGCUAACAGGAAUUGCCACAUUGUGAGGACGUGGUCCAUUGGUCAGUGGGUGCAGGUGAAGCCUGACCCAGACACAGAGGAUAUCUAUGACUGGAUCACGUGUGAGGUUCCUCAGGCCAACUACCACAGGGUGUUGUUUCUGGGCAGCGAUGAGCCGUCCUGCUGCUGCGCGACAGACUUACUGCAGCAGCUGCUGAUGUCAUGGCAGACAGCAGAGUGA